AUGCUGAUCACUGGACUCCAUGCCAACUACUGUUACAGUAAUCCUGCACCUGAAGCUCAUCACAAUCAGACUCGGGCACAUACCGUUGCAUUUGGUGUCACUCCUCAGUGUCAUCGUUUCUCUGUUCCAUGCGAGAUCACGAUGAAAGGGGAUCUCGAUGAAGGGUACACAGCAAUAACUAAGGCGAAGAUAAAUGAUCCUUCACGCAAGAAGAAAGACAUUUGGGUGACGGAAGCCACUGCUUCAUGCAAAGUGGAGACACCAUGUCUCGCUGUUUCUGCCUCAUGGACCAAAAAUGAUCUUGAAUGUUCAUUCGAACAUAAUGACAGAGGCUUAUCUAUGUUUGUAUCUCCUCCUCCUCCAAGAUUCGGUGAUGAUCGUUCUUGUCUUAGACUCUACUCAUUACACUCUAAGCAACUUACGUGCCAUCCACGUGACCUAGAUGCCUUGCGUGACUUCAUCAACUUAGGAUUCUCCGGAGAUUUUCCAUCUGGGUUCGAGAAAUGCUCUCUGCUCGAACAGCUCUUCCUUGGUGGGAACAAGCUUACUGGUAAUGUACCACAGGAUCUGUUUCAGCUUCAAAGGCUGAAUCUUUUGGCGCUUCCGGAGAACGAUCUGUCUGGUUCACUGAGUCCUGCACUUGAAACCUCUCCCACCUUUUCCAUCUUGAUGUCUCUUCGAAUAGAUUCUUCGGUGAGAUCCCUGAUGUGUUCCACAAAUUGCACAAGCUCAAGUAUCUCAUUGCUCCGCAGACUAAUAGAUUCACUGGUGGAAUCCCCAAGUCGUUGGCAAAUUCGCAGACUUUGGUUUAAUGACUCUUUGCCUGAAAACCUACCGUCUUGCAGACACUUGAGGAAUGUUAAUGUAGCUAGAAACCCCAUCCUCACGCAGGCCCUUCGCAUCCUUCAGCACUGCCAGAACCUGACAACUCUAAUUCUCACUCUGAAUUUCGACAAUGAAAUGUUGCCUGACGACCCGAAUCUUCAUUUCAAGAAGCUGCAGGUGUUAGCUAUUGGAAAUUCCAAGCUUCCUGGUUAA